GGUUAUUCCGUUUCUCUUGAUUGGACUGAGAGAAAUGUUCUUUCUCGCUCUCCUCUCUCUCCCUUUCUCUCUUACCCCAAAAUUUCUCUGCAGUUCUUAGAUUUCAAAUUCUCCAUUGCAGUUUUCCCCUUUCCCUCAGCCAAAUCGUCCUCUGUUUAUGGUUUUGGAGGGUAAAGAGAGAAGAACCAAAUGGCAUAUAAGGUGGAUCAUGAGUACGAUUACCUAUUUAAGAUCGUCUUGAUUGGGGACUCGGGUGUUGGUAAAUCCAACAUACUUUCCAGGUUCACGCGCAAUGAGUUUUGCUUGGAAUCUAAAUCCACCAUUGGUGUCGAAUUCGCCACAAGGACUCUUCAGGUGGAGGGCAAGACAGUGAAGGCCCAAAUAUGGGACACAGCGGGUCAAGAGAGGUACCGAGCCAUCACAAGCGCUUACUACAGAGGAGCCGUGGGGGCCCUCCUGGUCUACGACAUAACCAAGAGGCAAACCUUCGAAAACGUCCUGCGGUGGCUCCGCGAGCUGAGGGACCAUGCCGACUCCAACAUCGUCAUCAUGCUGGCCGGAAACAAGGCCGAUCUCAACCACCUCAGAGCGGUCUCCGACCAAGAUGCUCGGCUCUUGGCUGAGAAGGAAGGGCUGUCGUUCCUAGAGACCUCUGCAUUGGAGGCAUUGAACAUCGAGAAGGCGUUUCAGACAAUUUUGUUGGAUAUUUAUCAGAUUAUAAGCAGGAAGGCGUUGGCAGCUCAAGAGGCAGCUACGGGACUUCCGGGUCAAGGCACGUCGAUCAAUGUUGGAGACUACUCGAGUAAUUUGGGCAGGAGAAACUGUUGCUCUAAUUGAGGACGAAUUUGGGGGGAGGAGGAUGGAGUUGGUUGAAUUCACAACAGAGAUGCCAUAUAGCUUCCUCAGAAGAGAUCGUGUGGAAAGACUUCAUGGCUAGUUGUGGAACAUCUCCCUAUCUCUGGAACUAAAAAGGAAGCACUGCGAAUGUGGAUAGAUGAAGAGAGCCUUGUAAGAGUAGAUUCAAUUAUUGUCGUAUUGUUGUUCUUUGAUUCAAAUAUUUGUCUGUUCAAGAUCCUGCUCACACGCAGUAUAUCUUUUUGUCGCCGGUUGACAUUGUUUUGUAGCUUAAACAUGACCUUGAUCAUCACCUGGAAUUCAAUUUUUGUC